AUGGAACCCAUCGUCCACACCGUCUUUGAACCUACCACCGGCACCUGGCAGUACGUCGUGGCCUGUCCAUCCACCCGUGCCGCCGCCAUCAUCGACCCCGUCUUGGACUUCGACUUGGCAUCCGCCACCAUCACCACCCGCUCCGCUGACUCCCUGCUUGCCCUAGUCAAAGAGCACAACUACACCGUCGCCUACCUCCUCGAGACGCACGCCCAUGCGGACCACCUCACGGCCGCCGCUUACCUGCAGGAGAAGCUAGUGGCGUCGGGGCAGCCCCGGGCCCCGAUCUGUAUUGGCGCGCGCAUCCGCACCGUGCAGGAGACAGCCGCCCAGAAAUACCACAUCCCCGAGUCGGAGCUCGCCCAGGCCUUUGACAGACUGCUCGCCGACGAUGACCAACUCCCCCUCGGCAACCUCUCCAUCACCCUACUCUACCUCCCCGGCCACACCCCGGACCACAUGGGCUACCGCAUUCAAGACAACAUCUUCACUGGCGACUCCAUCUUCAAUCCCGACGUUGGCAGCGCCCGCUGCGACUUCCCCGGCGGCGACGCCCGCGCCCUCUUCCACUCCAUGAAAACUCUCCUCAGCCUGCCGCCCCACGUCCGUCUGUACACAGGCCACGACUACCCGCCUGCGCCGGCCACAGAGGCAGACGCCAAGCGGGCGCCGCUGGCGUACGUCACUGUCGCCGACCAGAAAGAGCGCAAUAAGCACGCCAAGGACGGCAGCGCGGAGGAGGACUUUGUGCAGUGGAGAGCGGACCGCGACAGCGGCUUAAAUGAACCCCGGUUGUUGCAUCCCGCGCUGCAGGUUAAUGUCCGUGGAGGCCGAAUGCCGGUCGGGAUGGAGAUGGCGAUGACGCCCGGAGGGGACAAAGUGGGUCUGCGGUGGGGUUGA